GAACGGGGACCGCUCUCCGAAGCGACCGCAUGCCGGGACCUCGGCGCCACGACCGGGACCUCGGAGUCGAGGUUUGGGUGUGGCGCCACGUGCAGGAGCACCAGCGAUGCAUGACGCUUGGACCAGUUCCUGACCUUGAAGAGAGAAGGGCCUGGUUCAAGUAUUGGAAUUUGUCGGGGAGCGGCCAGCUCUCGCGCAGCGAGGUUCUUAGGGCGAUCCUACGUUCCUUCCGAGUUACUUCCUUGGAGAAGCAAAAAGUAAAAGAUUUGCAAUCAAGGGUAGACAAAGUGUGGGAGAUGUGGAGUCAGCAAUGCACGCACGGCCGAAGCGUCGACUAUGUCGAGUGUGAAGAGUUCUGCAUGGAGUCGGGCUUCGGGGAACUGCUGGAGGAGGUCUUUGGGUCGGACCCGGAAGGCAAUGAUUUGCAUCCGACCCUGAAAGAGGUGGCCCCAAGACUGCGAGCCGGGCUGCCACGAGGUCGACAUCCUGGCUUGGGACGCCUCCAAUAUCGCUUGCAGCCGCGCCCAAAAGCGGCGCCGUCGAGUAGCAGCGAGCCACCUCCGGACUUGGUGGUGCCGUCCGAGAUGCUUGCACCGCCCAUCCCAGAGGUGCCUUGGUUCAGAGACUUCAGAGAUGUCCCCGAGGAAGGCACCAGCGCCUUGUGGGCUGCAGCCGGCAUCCCCUUCUUCCCGCACCAGGGCGAAGUAGACGAUCGACCUCCGGUGGUGGGGAUCUAUGCCUGGGAGUCGGACACUGAAAGCUCGUCCCAAGAGGAGGAGGAAGAAGAGGAGGAAGAGGAAGAUGAGGUGGAUGAAGAUGCUGAGGAGGUGGAAGAGUGGGAAGAGGAAGAAGAGGAAGAGGAGGAAACCGAGAGCGACGAGAUUCAGGAUGCCGAAGCUGUGCUGGAGCCCCAUCAGGGCGGAGUGAGCUGCCCGGUGCCGCAGGAGCGCGAGCAGUACGAGCCAGUACGGCUUGCGCCCGCAUCUGCCUCUGUCGUAAGCAUUUGACGGCUCCACUCCAAGGUCUCACACGAAGCCCAAAUCUUAAGAUUCCGUAGGUGUGUUUUAAAGGUCGGAGAGCAGCGGAGCUUCUUCAGCCAGUGGAACUUUGGACAUCUGACUGCGU